AUGGAAAAGAAAGAUCAAGUAUCCAAAGACAUAGAAAAAGGACUCAACUCUCCUGAAUUGAGACGAAAUAAGGACAUACCAUUCGCAGACGACUUCAUCGAACUCAAUCUAGUCAAAGCCGACGACCCUGUACGACCUAAACGAACAAAAGAUGGGAUAGAAGAUACAGAACCGCUUAUACCAGAAAAGGACAUAUCAAAAAUCCACGCUGCUGACUUGGGAAAUGUUCAUUCCUCUCCAAAUAAUGAUACUAUAGUUGUAAAUACACCAGAAGGGACUCUAUACAUAACUCUAGAGCCAGAUUCUGGCAAGUCUUCCAAACCUUCAAGUCCAAUUAGCCCUGAUACGCAGUCAACAGAUCUAUACUCUUCUCCCAGUACCUCGAAGAGUUUCGGAGCUGCAGAGUCGGAUGAGUUAAUUAAAGAAGAGAGGGCCGCGAUGGAAAUGAGAAAAACUAGUUUGAGACGGAACUCAAUAUCGAUGCCGACGUUGCAGAACUUGGAGCUGGAGGUGAUGAAGCAACAGUAUUUGAAUAGCGAUGGGUUAAGGGAAGGGGAGGGUCUCUUAUCAAUAUUAAAAUCUCAACAAUGCUACUUGUUUGAGACAUUGAAUAUAUUUGAGGGCUUUAAGAGUGUCAUCUCCAGAGUUUGA